GGCCACAUCGCAAAGAUAAUAGGCAUGCCCCGACACGCGCGACAGGUCGGACAAGCCCUGAAAUUUCUCUCCCCUGCCGUCAACCCGCCCGUUCCCUGGCACCGCGUCCUGUCCUCAUCGGGCACCAUCUCCUCGCGCGGUCCGGGCACAUCGGGCGCUCGCGACCAGGCGGACGCGUUGAGGGCGGAGGGGGUGGAAGUGGACGAGCGCGGAGGGGAGCUCAGGGUGGAUUUGGGACGGUGGGGCUGGUUUCCGAGCGUGGGGGGCAUGGAGGGGGAGCAGGGGGAGAGCGGAUCGUGA